CCGAGGAGUAAAAACUUUCUUCCCUGUGUGAGAGUUUGUAUUGAACCCACCAAAAGUGUCUAUGUGUCUUUAUAGAGCUUCGUAAAUGCCUGAAUAAAAAGCCGAUCGAUUUCAUCUUCCUUCUUCCUCCCUCCUCCAUCCUCAUCUUCUGCUCAACAUCUUCUCAAUUCUCUACCACCUUCUUCCACCCUCGUCAUCUUUCCUUUUCUCUCUCUUCACCAGCAUCAAUUCUCUUUCUUUACCUUCUUUCUUUCUUUUCAUUCACCACCAGCAUCCCCCUAUCAUCUAUUUAAUCUUCAUCUUCAUCAUCGAUUCAUCCUGAGACCAUUCCAAGUUAUCAUGUUUGUCGCCAUCUAUUGAUUUCGAUCCAUCAAAUUCAAAUCAAAUUAUUAAUAAUAACUGUUUAAAACUUUCAAUACUUACUUUUUACUUUUUGUGCCAGUAAAUUGUUGUUUUGAUAAACACAACAAUUAAAAAUAGUUGAAAUGCUUAAAGUCAACCGAAACAGUAAUCUCAUUAUUUUAUCAAGUUAUCUGAGCCAACUUUAAUUACAUCUCGAUGGUGAUAAUGUUUUCAAAUCUCAAGUAAUCAUCACCAUCAUCAAUGCAAACACCGAAAGCAAAACCCAUUCAAUGGGUGUUGACAUUAUUUUCCUAUUACAUUAUAUCAACUUUGUCCAUCCCUGGAGCGAAAUGUAACCCUGAUACCAAAAGAUUGUACGACGAUCUGAUGAGUGUUUACAAUCGGAUAAUCACACCGAUAACCGAACCUAACGGUACAGUUAUAGUCCGUCUUGGUCUUAAAUUAACUCAAUUAAUUGACUUGAAUCUGAAGCAACAAAUUCUAACUGCAAACAUGUGGGUUCUUCAGCAAUGGUUUGACCCAAAGUUACAAUGGGAUCCAGUCGAGUAUGGAGGAGUUACUGAGCUCUAUGUUCCAGCUGAGCAGAUAUGGCUUCCUGAUCUUGUUUUGUACAAUAAUGCUGAUGGUGGUUACGCUGUUACAAUAAUGACCAAAGCGAUGAUCCGUUACAACGGAACCGUCUCUUGGACACCACCGGCAAUUUUUAAGUCUUCCUGUGGAAUUGAUAUAAGAUAUUUUCCUUUUGAUACACAAAACUGUAAAUGGUAUUUUGGUUCAUGGACAUAUAAUGGCUAUACGCUUGAUUUACGACUAAUUGAUUCAAUUAAUGGAUCGAAUUCAUCUAUUGGAAUCGAUCUGUCAGAAUAUUAUCUUAAUGUGGAAUGGGAUGUGAUGGAAGUUUCCGGUCUCGAGGAGAAUAAAUAUUACCAAUGUUGUGAUGAACCUUUUAUCGAUGUUCUAUUUAGCAUGACAGUUCGACGGAAAACACUUUUCUAUACAGUUAACCUGAUAAUCCCUUGCAUCGCGAUAUCAUGUUUAUCCAUUCUGGUCUUUUACCUUCCAUCAGACUCUGGGGAAAAGGUUUCGUUAUCAAUUUUCAUCCUUCUAUCAUUAACUUUCUUCCUUCUCGUUCUCAUUGAGAUAAUACCAACAACCUCCCUUUCGGUGCCACUUCUUGGGAGUUACCUUUGUUUCACCAUGGUAUUGGUUACCUGUUCAGUUGUGGUGACAAUAGCAAUACUAAAUGUACACUUUAGAUCACCUUCAACCCAUAAAAUGGCUCCAUGGGUCCGAAAACUGUUCAUCAGAACAUUACCGAAAAUAUUACUCAUGAAACCUCCGCAAUACCGAUUUGAAAAUGUAGAUGAAGUUUAUGAUAAAUGUUUAAAAGAUCAACCAAAUUCUGGUAAAAGUAAAUUGAAAAGGUUAAAGGCUAAACUUUCACAGGUAAGGUCAAGCUCAUCAACUGCUGCUCAAUCAAAAGCUACACCUUCACAUGGGAUCAUUGGCUCAUCCGGAAGUGACCCGAUGAUUAUCAACGAACUGGACUCUUCUCCAGGAGCGGUGACUGACCAUCAUCGAUCCUUUGAGUUCCCAACUCGCUAUCCAAGAGAGAUCGAAAAAGCUAUCACAAAUGCCAUGUUCAUCGCUCAGCAUAUCGAUAAUGCCGAUGAAUUUGAAUCUAUGCGAGAAGAUUGGAAAUAUGUUGCUCUAGUUCUCGAUCGGAUUUUCCUCUGGUUCUUUACUUUUCUUUGUAUCGCUGGAACCGUUGGGAUUUUCAUCCAGGCUCCGUCUUGGUACGAUAAAACUCAGCCCAUCGAUAUUCAGAAGUCCCAAAUCGCUCGAACCUAUGCCGCUGAUUAUCCUGAACUUUCUGAACUGAUGGAAUAACAUUUGAACAUCGAAUGGAACUUUAAAUCUCUCAAACGAUUUUUGCUCAUUAACUUUAAUAUUUUGUGCUCCUCGAGUUUUAAUUGCUCGAUAAUCACUCCAAAUGUUAACCAAUUCAACUCUAUACAAUUUGAUAUAUGAAAGAAAAAAGUUAAAUAAAAAAAUCUAAUCGAAUUUAUCACA